UUUUAUGCGUUUUUCCUUCUCCGUCAAUCAAUUCCGGUCCUUGCGAAAAUGCACCCACAAUUAUAUAUACAUAUAUGUAUAUAUGUAUAUAUAAUGCAGACGUCGGAUUCAUGAUACAGAGAAAUACCGAACCGGGAAAAACAACCAUUUUUUUUUGUCUUCGUGCAAACGAAACGACCGAAACUUAGGAGGGAGAGCGAAAGAGAAAACUCCCCAUCAGAUCUCAUUUUAGGAAAUUUGAUUACCUAAGCAUUGAUAUAGUCUUCAACUUUGACUGCUGGUGGAGCUUAAAAGCCUCAAGUUUCCAUAUGUGAAUUUCUUUUCCAUCGACAAGUGACUGCUGCUGCUGAACUUGAGUGGUUUUACUUCAUCUAUAAGACAUGGUUCAAAUGGAGAUGUCGUGGUUAAGAUCACUUCUCGAUAACAUCUCCUCAUUUCUAAGUCUAUCAUCUCUCGACAACAUAAACUCUGACCCGGCUCGAAAGUACUACGCAAAGGGGGAAGAGGUAGCAAAGAUUUUGAAGCCCAUUCUUUCAGCCCUUUUUGACUCUGAUGCUGCUUCAAACGAGUUGCUUAACAAUGGAUUUGAAGAGUUAGCCCAAUACGUGGACGAAUUAAGGGAACUGUUCCAGAGCUGGCAACCUCUCUCAAGUAGACUUUAUUCUGUUCUCCAAAUCGAAUCAUUAGUGUCAAAGGUGAGGGAGUCCAGCAUGGAGGUCUUCCAACUGCUGACACAUUUCGAACAACAGUUACCUGACGAAUUGAGUUUAUCAUCUGUUGAGCACUGCUUAGAAAUGAUAAAGAAAAUGGGAAACGAAGUGAUGUACUCAACCAUCCAUCAGGCUCUGAAGGAUCAAGGAGAUGGCAUUGGGCCCACUGCAGAGGUUCUAGCGAAAAUUGCAAAGAAUCUUGGUCUGAAAUCCAACCAGGAGAUUCUGAUUGAAGCUGUGGUCCUUGAAAGCAUGAAGGAGAAUGCUGAGCAAGGUGAGAAGAAUAGUGAAGCUGAGUUCUUAGACCGAUUGAUUUCCCUCGUAAACAGAAUGCAUGAUUACCUUACCAAGGUGAAGCAGUCUCAGAUGGGUAGUCCUGUUCGGGUGCCUCCUGAUUUUUGCUGCCCUCUGUCUCUUGAACUUAUGACCAAUCCAGUCAUCGUUUCCUCUGGUCAGACAUACGAACGUGUGUUUAUACAGAACUGGCUCGAUAUGGGACUCAUGGUUUGCCCGAGGACAAGACAGGUUCUAUCCCACACCAUUCUGACACCUAAUUUCAUUGUCAAGGCCUUUAUUACCAGUUGGUGUGAAUCAAACAAUGUCAAGCCCCUGGAUCCCUUGGAGUUAUUUAGGUCGAGUCAACAGUUCCUUCUUCUUGCUGAAACAUGUGUUGAUGAUUCGGGUAAUUCUCAUGUUACACCAAAUGAUUCACUUUAUUCAGAUGGACCUAGCGGUCAGGUGUCAGCUGUAAGCAAUUGGGUUCAGUCAGAAAGAGAUUCUUCUUCAUCGAAUUUUACUGGCACGUCGCAGGAUAGUACUGGAGAUUGGACUAACUUGGAAGACAAGAAUACCAAUUCACCAGCUAGGACAGGAUCUUUACAUGCUCCUGAAAUUGAGGAACUGCCACAGAUCCUCGGUAAGUCUGCUUCUGCUACAGAUGAGGUCUCUGAUGAGGUUCCUGGGAUGGCAACAGAGUCAGGAACAGCUGCAGGUGCAGAAAACUCACAGAGAGAACAUUCUGAGCUGUCUCGGGUACAGAUUCAGACCAUCCAACGCAACCCAUCGCGAAGGCGUUUCCCGGGAAUCAUCUCAGCAACGAUAACCGAAACAGGAACUGGUUCAAGUAUAGAAACCGAGGUGAAGAAGCUGGUGGAGGACCUGAAAAGCCCUUCACUCGAAACCCAAAGAGAGGCUACGGCUCGUAUCAGGAUGUUAUCAAGAAACAGCACUGACAACCGUAUCGUGAUUGCAAAAUGUGGAGCAAUCAGCUUACUAGUUGAUCUGCUUAACUCAACCGAUGCUAAAAUCCAAGAAGAUGCGGUGACUGCCCUUCUGAACUCAUCCAUCAACGACAACAAUAAAUUGGUAAUUUCUGAGGCUGGAGCCAUCGAGCCACUCAUCCACGUUCUAAAAACCGGAACCCCAGAAGCCAAAGAGAAUUCAGCAGCCACCCUGUUUAGCUUGUCAGUGAUCGAAGAGAACAAGAUCAAGAUAGGACGGGCGGGAGCCAUCGAGCCACUGGUUGAACUUUUAGGGGAAGGGAGCCUCAGAGGCAAGAAAGAUGCAGCCACGGCUUUGUUCAGUUUAUCAAAACAACACGAGAACAAAGCCUGGAUAGUGCAGGCAGGGGCGGUCAGACACUUGGUCGAACUGAUGGAUCCAGGGACGGGUAUGGUGGAGAAGGCGCUGGUUGUGCUGGCAAAUCUUGCAACCAUCAAAGAAGGGAAAGUUGCCAUUGGUCAAGAAGGCGGGAUACCGGUUCUUGUGGAGGUUGUGGAAUUGGGUUCGGCCAGAGGGAAAGAUAUGCAUAGCCCGCGGUUCUGCAACUCGGUCAUACAAGAAGGAGCUAUUCCACCUCUGGUGGCUCUUACCAGGACAGGAACGGCUCGAGCCAGAGAAAAGGCACAUAAUCUUCUCAGGUACUUCAGAACACAAAGACAAGGGAAUCAUGGGAGAGAUUGAUCUUUCAGUUUCUUGUUAUUCAAAUUUUUUUAACUUGGUUUCAUGUUUAUGAUUUGUGAAUGUAUGUAGAAAUCUGGGUCUCUUUCUAA